CUUGGCUGACCUCGCAUCAGAACUGCAAGAGUGGUACGAAGCAGCAAGAAGCAGCAGCAACUCGGGAGGAAUCUGACACCAAAACAACUGCUUCACCAAACAGAAAAGCAUUUCAAGUCUAAUCUUGGGAUCAAAAGCAGUCUUGAAGUCAUGAUUGCUUCACAGUUUCUCUCUGCUCUCACUUUCGUGCUUCUUCUGUUUAAAGAAAGUGGAGCCUGGUCUUACAACGCCUCCACGGAAACCAUGACUUUUGAUGAGGCCAGUGCUUAUUGCCAGCAAAGGUACACACAUUUGGUUGCAAUUCAAAACCAGGAAGAGAUUAGACACUUGAACUCCACAUUCAGCUAUUCACCAAGUUAUUACUGGAUCGGAAUCAGAAAGGUCAACAAUACAUGGACCUGGAUAGGGACCCAGAAGCCUUUGACUGAAGAGGCCACAAACUGGGCUCCAGGUGAACCAAACAAUAAGCAAAGCAAGGAGGAUUGUAUAGAGAUCUACAUCAAGAGAGAAAAGGACUCGGGCAAGUGGAACGAUGAGACAUGCAGCAAAAAGAAGCUCGCCUUGUGCUACACAGCUGCCUGUACCCCGACAUCCUGCAGUGGCCACGGCGACUGUAGAGAGACCAUCAACAGCCACACUUGUCAGUGCCACCCCGGCUUCAAGGGACUCAAGUGUGAGCAAGUUGUGACCUGUCAGGCACAGAAAGCCCCUGAGCAUGGAAGCCUGGUUUGCAAUGACCCUUUGGGGAAAUUCAGCUACAAUUCUUCUUGCUCUGUCAGCUGUGGGGAGGGCUAUGUCCCAAGCAGCACGGAGGCCACACAGUGCACUUCCUCCGGAGAAUGGAAUGCUCCUCUUCCAGCCUGCGAUGUGGCUAAGUGUGAUGCUUUGACAAAUCCUGUCAAUGGAGUUGUGAAAUGUUUCCAAAGCCACGGAAGCUUCCUGUGGAACACCACCUGUGAAUUUGAGUGUAAUGAAGGAUAUAAACUCACUGGACCCCAGCACCUGCAGUGUGUCUCCUCUGGGAUUUGGGACAACAAGAAACCAACAUGUAAAGCUGUGACAUGUGAUGCCAUCAGCCAUCCUCAGAAUGGCACUCUGAGCUGUAGCCACGCCCCUGCUGGAGAGUUCACCUAUAAGUCAUCCUGCCACUUCACCUGUGCAGAAGGCUUCGUGUUGCAGGGGCCAGCCCAGGUUGAAUGCACUACCCAGGGGCAAUGGACACAGCAGGUCCCAGUUUGUGAAGCUGUGAAAUGUGAUGCUGUCCCUCAGCCCAGAAGUGGUUCAGUGAACUGUACCCAUUCCCCAACUGGAGAGUUUACCUACAAGUCCUCCUGUGUCAUCAGCUGUGAGGAAGGCUUUGAAUUACAUGGAUCAGCUCAACUGGAGUGCACAUCUCAGGGACAGUGGACACAGGAGGUCCCCUCCUGCCAAGUGGUACAAUGUUCAAGUUUGGAGGUUCCCGGGAAGAUCAGCAUAAACUGCAGUGGGGAGCCUGUGUUUGGCACCAAGUGUACAUUUGCAUGUCCUGAAGGAUGGACGCUCAGUGGCUCUGCGGCUCUGACAUGUGGUGACACAGGUCACUGGUCUGGGAUGCUGCCUACCUGUGAAGCUCCUUCUGAGUCCCAAACUCCCUUGGCAGUUGGACUUUCUGCCGCUGGGGUCUCCUUCAUUACAUUAGCAUCAUUUCUCCUCUGGCUUCUGAAACGCCUUCAGAAGAAAGCAAAAAAAUUUGUUCCUGCCAGCAGCUGCCAAAGCCUUCAAUCAGAUGGAUCCUACCAAACGCUUUCCGAGUUAAUUUAAGUCCAGAGGAAUCAGGAGCACAGGUACAUUAGGAAACUAGAACGAUACCCUGAAGACGGCAGAGACAGAGAGGUCUGCUUGGGUCUCUGGUCCUUCUCACCUUCUACACCCACUGGCUGCCUUUAUAGCUGGGACUAUGGUACCUACAAGGACUUCAACGGACUAAAAUCCAGUGGGCAAGUCCAGCCUGCCACCAAAAAGACUCAGUUUUCUCCUUUCCAGUGCUGGCUACUGGAAGGAAAGAAUAUUCGCUUCCAUGCAAGAGUGAAGAGACUAAGGCUCUGGAAUCUCAGAAUUCCUUUUCUUAACUCACCCUUCACUCACUGUAAAAUCUUGUGGUGCAACACACUAUUUUGUGACGCUGUUUCCUUCUUUUGUCCCUCACAGUGUUUCAGCUGCUGCUUAUGUAGUGGCUGUCAUUGGGAUGAAUAAUACUUGUCAAGAGUUUAGAGGAAACAAAUUGGUCAAAGAUAUUCUAUUAACAGACCUGGAAAAAAAAUGACAAAUUUUUAAUGCCGUGGGGUGACGACAUUGGAAAGGUUUUUAAUGGUGGAAAUUCUAUUUAGCACUCUGUGGGAGUGCAAACACAGUCUCAAUCACUUUUAUCCCUGUGGGAUUCAGUGCUUUUUAAAGUAUUUUUAGAGGCUGUGUUCUUUUUACUUGCAUUGACUAUAGUCCAUAAGCCUUAAUUCAGUACAAGUGUGAUAAGGACUUUAAAAUAUGUAAAUAUUAGGACUAUAAUAGGGUAAAAGUUGCUUAUCCCAGAUCUUUAUUAACAAAUUCUAAAGUUUCAUCUGUAGUAAAUGUAUUUCAAAAAGGGCAAAUACUGUGCCCUAGCAAUGCAUAAACCAGAAUAAAGUUCUGAAUGUUUGACUACAGUUUCUUUAAAAAACACGAGUAGUCUCAGGAGAGCAAAAUCCACAUGGCACACACUUGUACACUGUCAGGUAUUUUUUCAUAGCUAUAUGGUUUCUAUGAUGAAAAAUUUCCAUGAGGUUAAAUGUUCUGAUUUGAUAAAAGCAUAAAUGCAGACAAACGAAGGUACAGUUUUAUGAAUGUCUUUCUUGGAAAAAAACAUAUAGAUACAUAAAUGUGUCGUGCACUCCUACAGAGAUGUUUGUCAGAUGUGAUGUGUCAACAUACAAUUCUUGUCUAUUACAUAAGAUUUUAAAUCCAUGCUAGAAACAUACCAUGUAAUGGAUCUGUCCGGUGGAUUUUUUUAAAGUAAAGGUGUCUAGUAAGUAUUCCCUAAUUGUCUUGUUCUGUCUAUUCGGGUGUUCUUAAAGAGAGGAAAGCCUGAAUGAGCAAGUAUUUGUAUUUAUUUAUAAGAGAGUUUAAAAUUCCUAAGGAAUCCCUAGUUAUUGGUUGAUCACUGGCCAUAAGAGACACUGGGCCAGUAAUUGCCAAAGCUGCUCCAACCUUGCAGGAUAGUAUAAGAAUCAAAACUCUCCCACCCUUUCAUUAACUUAGGAUGUGUUGAAAAAGCAAAAUUUCAGAGAAGUGCUGGCUGCACACUGGCAACGACAAAACCAAAAGGAAACAGAGAGAUAUGAUAAGGAUCAGAACAGCAGAAGUUUUUAAGGGGCAAAAGAACUCUGGGAAAUAAAGGAGAGAGAGAGAGAAAAAAAAACAAGUAUUAUGAGCAGGCUACAUAUGGAAUGAAUUAUUGUUUUCUUUGAAAUUGUUCAAAUGUUGUAAAUAUUUGUAUAUACUGCGUUGGA